GCGGGGAAUGCUCAUCUUGCAAAAUGUUUCAGUGUUGUUUACAUCGGUUUCCCUGCUGAGGAGCUACCGAAAAAAAUGUUUUCCUGGGGGACCGACUAUCGGUGUAUAUCAUGUCUGAGUAUUGAAGAAUGAACAACAAACUGAUAAAAUUAGAGCCAGCUAUAUAACCAGUAUCUGCUGCCAUACAGCUACAGUGAUUUUAUACUAACUCUAGUACUACACUCCACCACAAUGGCAGAAGUCAAUGUCAGAGUAGCCGUGAGGGUACGCCCACUGCUACCAAAGGAGAAGAUUGCUGGAGAGGAGAUCUGUGUGAGGGUCUUACCCAAUACAAAACAGGUGGUUGUGGGCAAGGACAGAGCCUUUACAUUUGAUUAUGUUUUAUCCUCAAAGACAGCUCAGGAUGACGUUUACAAGUCUUGUGUUGAAUCCCUGGUGAAGAGCACCUUUGAUGGCUACAAUGCUACUGUGUUUGCCUACGGUCAGACGGGUUCUGGUAAGACAUUUACUAUUGGAGGAGGAAAUAUCUCCUGUGAAGAAGAAUAUGGGAUUAUACCUAGAGCUCUUAAGGAAAUAUUUGACACCAUAGAGGUAAAUAUAAAGAAGACCAAGAAGUUCCUGGUGAAGGUUUCUUAUAUAGAGAUUUACAAGGAGGAACUUCAGGACCUGCUGGACACAGAAACAUCCUACAAGGAUCUCCAUGUCCGUGAGGACGACAAAGGCAACACAGUGAUUAUUGGAGCCCGUGAAGUGGACUGUGAGUCGCUGGAUGACGUGAUGACUUUACUUGAGGCAGGGACAGCUGUCAGACAGACAGGGUCGACUCAGAUGAAUGAACAAUCAAGUCGCUCACAUUCCAUAUUUACUGUUGUUAUAGAACAAAAAUGGACAGAAGCUGAUGUUAUGGCCGGAAAGAGAAAACCUAGUGAGAGUUCUGAAGUUGUUGAUGAAGCCAUCAACCUACCACAAGAUAUUACCCACUGUAUGUCAGGUAAAUUCCAUUUUGUGGAUCUUGCGGGAUCUGAACGUGCUCACAGGACUGGCAAUGUUGGAGACAGAUUCAAAGAGUCUGUACAUAUCAACUCGGGACUGCUGGCCCUCGGCAAUGUGAUAAGUGCUCUGGGAGAUCCAAAGAAGAAAUCAAGUCACAUUCCAUACCGAGAAUCAAAAAUCACCCGGCUCCUCAAGGACUCCUUAGGGGGUAAUGCACAGACCCUGAUGGUGUGUUGUAUCAGUCCGGCCACAGCUAACUUUGAUGAAUCCCUUAAUGCCCUCAAGUAUGCCAAUAGGGCACGUAACAUCAAGAACAAGCCAAUCGUAAACAGAGACGUACAGGCACUGAGGUUUGAGGAGAUGCAGUGUGAAAUCAAGGCUCUACGUGAGGAACUUGUACGCCAGCGGACGUCCAUACUAAGUAAUGGCGGGGCGGGAGACAUGGUUAAUGCAGAGAGGGCGAUACAGGAUGCUGCUAACAUGAAGCACAUGGAAGAUCAAGUCAGCAGGCUACAGACAGAGUGUUCCCACUAUAAGAUGAUAGCCGACGAAGCAUACAAACAGUUACUGGAGAUCCAGGACCGUGACAUCUUGUCUCAGAGCCAAGAUUUCCGAUUGAAAGACUGGUUAGAUCUCAUGGAGGAGAUAAAAAAUAAAGUGCCAACCACAUUGACAAGAGAGGAAGUGGAAAACGAAACCAUCAGAGAUCUGCAGACACAGCUUUCUAAGUGUAAGGAAGACCUGAAGAGUGACGAGGAAAUCUUUGCUGAGAAGAGUAGAGACCAUAGUCAGAUGAUGGAUCGACUGGAGGAGUUUGAAACUGUCCUGGAGCAGCGCGACCAGGCACUGAUAGACGCAGAUGAACGGAUCAAACAGCAGCAGCAACAAUUACUGGAGCAGCAGAUGAAGAUAGAGGAACUCCAACGUGCUCUAAAGACAGAGGAUACCUUCCUCAGUGAGAGCAGUAUAUUGGACGAUGAUGCAGUGUCAGCCAGUGCUCCGCCUGCUCCCUUGUCCAGUCGACGGCCAAAGUCGGUCCCCGCCCACGUGCAUCGGCGACCAGAUACAACCAACUCAGGUCUCAGACCUCCAUCUAGAAACAUCAAGACAAGUCCUGCCUUGUUCACACUUGAGCGAGUAAUGAAGAGUUUCCGGGCACGGAGUCAAUUGUUGGUGAGCCGACUGGAGGAUAGUGAUGAGGUCUUACACCCAGACUUCGGCGAGGAGCAAGAGAAAGAUAACCCAAGAACAGCCUCUGUGGCUGGGUCACGGCUCACCAGGAGGGGGACAUUCAAGGUGGGAAAGCAGAAGAAAACCGAGGAAAACAAGGAAAACAAUGCCAGCAGUGUCAACAUUCCUGAGAUCAGAUUCAGCAGACCAGAUUCUGCAAGGUCGAGUUUGUCUUCAUCGGCUGGGGACCUGGAUUUUCUCAAACAGAGCGAGGAUUUAAGGAAAAGUACAAACACUCAGCGCCAGAUCAAGGAGUCACAGUUGAAGAUGAUCGAGUCCCAGCAAAAAAUGAGGGAUCUCUCCAUCAACAUUAAGAUGAAGGAACAGCUGAUAAGAGAACUCGUGAAGACAGGAAAGGACUCUGAGAGCAUGAAUAAACAAUAUGCUGAAAAAAUUAGAGCUUUAGAAAAGGAAAAGGAAAAAGUGAAAAGUGACCUAGCAGAAACCCAGAAAGUUCUGUCAGAUAUUGAGGUCAAAGGUCAACAGGAAUCCUCAGAAAAACAAAGAUUACAGUCUGAAUACAGGAAGAAAAUAGAAAGUGCUAAAGCUAGAAUAACAACACUCCACAAACGACAGAAAGACACGGAGAAAAUCGCCAACUUUACAUUGCAGAAUGAUAAAAAGAUCCAGGACCUGGAGCUGAAUGUAGACAGAAUGAAACAGCAACAAGAAACUUUGAAUAAACGUCUGAAGGAGGAAACAGAAAGGAAGAGCAAAUUGGAGAGAGAUAUGCAGAAAGAAGUUCAUAGAGUGAAAGAAUUGCAGUUAAAGAAUGAGCAACAACAAAAAAUUCUAAAACGUAAAAAUGAAGAGAUAGCAGCUGCUCAGAGAAAGUUGAGAAGUGGCUCCCUUCCUCCCAUCAAUAUUGAAGACCAUGACAAGAUUGAGGAACAGAAGCGAUGGCUUGAUAAUGAGGUGGAGAAGGUUGUGGAACAGAGACGUCAGAUGGAGGUUCUACAGGAGGAGCUGAAGAAAAGGGAGGCCAUCAUUAGCAAGAAGGAGUAUAUGCUGGCUGAGAAAAGUGAAUUGGAGAUGAAAAGAUUACGAUCCAGUCAAGUUAUCAACAAGAAUAUCCUAACUGUGUCAACGAAACUGAAUUCUGUGGACAAAAAAUUAGAGGAAAAAAGUAAGGAACUGGCACAAACUCCGGAGGAACAUCAGGCACAAGUCAAGGACGAGAUCCAGACAUUGUCCGACAGUCGGGAGAAACUCAACAAACAGCGGCUUGUACUGGAGAAAAAACUCCAGGAUGGUCGGAUUUUGUCAGGUCCUGAGGAGAGAAGAAUGAUCGAGCUGGAUGAGGCAAUCGAUGCCUUGGAUGCUGCCAUAGAUUAUAAAAAUGAGAAUAUCAACAGUCGACAACUGGAGAUCCGACAUUCACAGAUGUUAUCACAGAGUGAAGACAAUAUGAUAAAUCGUCUGAACUCCCUGUCAACAACCGAGACAAGGACUCUUCUGUCACGCUACUUUGACAAGGUCAUCUCACUGAGGGAAACAGAACGCAAAAUAAACCUUCACAACAGCGAACAGGAAGUGAAGAUAGACGAACAGGAGAGACUGAUCCGUGAGUUGGAGUCUUCCCUACAGAGGUCACAGGUAGAUAUCGAUCGACGACUGACCAAACAACAGAAGGAAUACGAACAGAAGAUACAGUUACUGAUGAGGCAGAUCACAGAGAUGGGCGGGUCAGGCAGUGGACAUCAGUCUGAUAACUUAGAAGCAAAGUAUCAACAGCUGGAGAAGGAACUAUACUAUUACAAGAAAACCAGUCGAGAUCUGAAGAGGAAGUUACGAGAAAUUCAUGCAUCAGGUGCUCUAGGAGAUGAUCACAUGAGUUUGCACGGUUCCGUCCAGAGUUCCAUGGGAGAUAUAGAUUCACAAGUCAACCAUAGUCAGUCACAUCACAGAAACACAGACAAUGGAAGCCAUUCCCAUCAAGGUGAGAAGUCUAGUUCACGUCCAAAUUCUGCUCGAUCAGCUUCACACAUUCCUGCCAAUGCUACCCCUGUCAAAAUAUCCAGAAAGGACCUGCGUCUGAUGUCAGAAACAGAAGUCAAACUACGGAGGUCCAACCUUAGCCAUAGCGGCAGUUCUCAGCAACUUAGAGACUCGCUUGAUUCCAAUGCUGAUAAUAAUCCAUGGAGUUGAGGCAUAUAAUGUCCAGAAAUUACUCCUAAGAAGGAAAUAUCAUUCCAGGAGAAUCCUGCUCCAAUCAAGAGGGACUUUUUAGGAAGAUUGAAGCCAUUGUGUUCAAUAUCCACUGGUACUGCCCAUCCAAUGUGUGGUAGAAUUAAAUAUGGAGCUACUUUUUUCCAACAAAUUGAGCUAGUGCUAAUAUAAAGUGCAAAAUUGACAGUGGCACUACCACUUAUGGCAAAAGUGGAAGUGACACAUCUAUAAUGAUUUAAGGCACAACUGGGAAUAUCACUGAUAGAGGUUGUGUUGCUAUAACUGUAUUAGAUAGGGUAUAUUGGGAUGAUACAGGAACACACAAUGAAACUUUAGUCAAAGAUGUUGUCUUUAGGCAGAAUUUGAUAGUUUUUCUAUGAAAAAUGUCUGUAAAAGUUGCUGUUAGUGACAGUAUAUUUUGAUAAAGGUCAUGACACAAUGUUGUUCCGUAGAACCAUAGACAAUUUCUGUACAGGAUUUUGUAAUACUGCCAUCUGUCUGCAUUGCCUGGAUAUUAAUAUCAUAUGUGAACAUGGAAAAACAAUUACACCUAUCUUAUAACACUCAAGUUGAUAUAUUACAUUGUUUCCAAACUCUGUCAAACGUCAUUACUGAUCAACAUCCUGUAGUCCAUUCUGACUGUUUAACGGCUUAAGUAGAACUAAUGAAAACCGAUUAAACUUCAAAUACAAGGGCUGAUUGAUAUGUUGUGAGUCUCAUUUUCUGCGUCACUUAAGUUUAAUAUUUUCCUGUAACUGCUUCAGGAGUGAAACAUAGUAUGUGCUAUUGAUCGUUUGUUCCUUUUGGAGAUAAUCUAUCUGCAGAAUACUAUCUGCAUCCCAGAAAACAGAGGCCAUAAUCUUCCAAGCUGAUGGAACAGUCUUUGCCUUCUUUGGCGGG